GAUGAACAUGCGACGGAGAAGAGCGGCCAAGCACAUGGGGUCAUAUCCGGACCACCCACCUGCAGCGCAGGCUAUCUGCAUCAGAAUUGCGUUGCCAAAGGCACGUACCACACCUGCAUGAACAGAGGGCUGGAGAUUGACUUGAACGUCCGGGCCUCAAGGGAGGUGCGCGACAACUUCGUGAUCAAGUUCUACAUGCGGAUGCCGAAGCGCGCACACACCGCUGCCAGUUUUGGCUUCUACUACGACGGCUACCGUUACUACCGCAAUUACAUGCAGUCGCACUUUCUGCUGGAUGCCACCCGCGGCCAGUUCUGGCAAGGGCCGAUAGUCACCGGAAAAGUUUGGAACCGUGGUGAAGCUGGUAGAGGGGCUGAGACGUGGAAGCCGGGCCAUUGGCACAAGUGGGAGGUGGCCCUGUCGUACGGCGUGCUGCUGAUCCUCAUGGACGGCGAAGUGGUGGCCCAGCAGGAGCUGACGACUCCGGAAAUCCACCACUUUCAACUUCGGCCAUGGCGCAAUGCGAUGGACGUGGCCGGGCUCUCCGUCGACUACGCCGUUUCGACCAUGAAGGUGAGGGCCAUCAGCGACGACACUUGGCCAGCCUGGCGCGGAAGUGAUGCAGGAAAGUACUUCGUCGUGGACAGGCAGGACAUCGCGGUCGAGUUUGAGAGUGGCACAACCUUUCUGGAGACUCGGCGGAUGGCACGCUAUGCAGUGCCGCGGAGGGGCUACCAUCUGGCGCGGCCGGGUGAAGAUGUGGAACUCUUUGCAAGACCUCGCUUCUUGGCUGUUGGCCGCUUCUUCAUGCUGGGGUUCCUCUGCUUUCUGUUUGUCGGGUCCCUGCUGGCAGAGCUGCUCUGGGAUUGGAUGAAGAAGGUCACCAUGCCCAUCCACGGCCGCAAGGAUCCCUGGGAUCAGGUUGAGGAGGGGGACUGGCAGGUCGGUGACUAUCUCACCACCGGCAUCGUUUGCCCCAAGGAUUAG